GUGAACGCGUCGGUUUUUCUCUCAGAGGAAAUCCAACUUUCACUCCUUCUUGUUCUUCUUCUACUUCUCUGUGUCUCUCCAGCACAACAGCAUGCAGACGUCCACGAGUGAAGACAAGAUCCCGGUUGUGGGUCCAACAUCAAGCCCUCAGUGCAACAAAGAAGGCCUUUACUUCUCCGAUGGCCGACGGAAAGUUGACUACGUCCUGGUCUUCCAUCAGCGACGGCACAGCUCCAUACGAUCCCCCGCCGGCACAUCAGUGUCACAUGACAGAUUAUCUAUUGUUUCCAAUGGCAACUUUCGUCAGUCGGUGGGCUCGCACUCAGCUGCGGGACUAGGAGGGGAAGCACCGGGAGGAGGGAACGUUGACGAGAUGGAGCUUGGAUUUGCAGGAGGGAACGAGCCAACGGAGCCGGCCGACCACGAGAUGCGCUUGAUCAGACAAGAGUUUGAGGCCAACCUGCUGGAGGCUGGCCUGGAGAUAGAGAGAGACAGAGAGGCCCACGGCCCCAGCUUCACUCGUCUCCAUGCACCCUGGCCAGUGCUCUGUCGAGAGGCAGAGUUUCUCAAGAUUAAGGUCCCCACUAAAACGAGUUACGAACUUAAAGAGGAAAGUGGUUUUGGGUCCAGUAUGAGCAACGUGUGGAGGAAACUGAAUCAACCUUUUCAGCCCAAAGUCCCACAGCAAGACCACGGGCGCACCAAAUUCCUCUCACACUGCUUCUCCAGGGACAAACUCAACAUGUACAACAUCACAUCUAAAGACACGUUCUUUGACAAUGCAACGAGGGGCCGAGUUGUGUACGAGAUCCUGAGACGAACAGUGUGUGUACGAACCUGUCAAACCAUAGGCAUCAGCACAUUGAUAGCUAAAGGCGUGUAUGAUGCUGCCUUCCCUCUUCACGACGGUGACUACACGGUCGUCGAACAGGAUGAGGAGAGGAAUGACAGACAGGUCCUGCAUGAGGAGUGGGCCAGAUACUCAGCCUUCUACAAGUACCAGCCCAUUGAUCUUGUCAGGAAGUACUUCGGGGAGAAGAUCGGCCUCUACUUCGCAUGGCUCGGAGUUUACACUCAGCUGCUCAUACCAGCCUCCAUCGUGGGGAUCAUUGUGUUUGGCUACGGGGUGGCAACAGUGGAUACUAACAUACCCAGCCUGGAGAUGUGCGAUGAGCGUCUCAAUUUCACCAUGUGUCCUCUGUGUGACGGAGCCUGUGACUUCUGGCAGCUCAGCACCGCCUGCGGCACUGCCCGAGCGUCGCACCUCUUCGACAACCCCGCCACAGUCUUCUUCGCCAUCUUCAUGUCUCUGUGGGCUGUGUUGUUCCUGGAGCACUGGAAGCGUCGUCAGAUCAGUUUGAGCUUCAGCUGGGAUCUGACAGGCAUCGAGGAGGACGAGGAACAUCCAAGGCCAAGAUACGAGACCAUCCUUCUCAAGAAGAGACAGAGGAAGCAGAAAAACAAGAAACAGAAGAAAAAAAAGAGUGAGACUGCCAUAGACAAGUUGACCUGGAAAGACCGUCUUCCUGGAUACUGCAUCAACGUUUCUUCCAUCCUCUUUAUGUUUGGACUGACGUUUUCUGCAGUUUUCGGGGUCAUUGUCUACCGCAUCGCUGUGUCAGCGCUCAUGGCGAUGAGCCCCGACCCGGAGACCAAGUCCAACGUUCGGGUGACGGUGACGGCCACCGCAGUCAUCAUCAACUUAGUGGUUAUUCUGAUCCUGGAUGAAAUCUACGGAGCUGUGGCAGUGUGGCUCACUGAGCUAGAGAUUCCCAAAACAGAAACCAACUUUGAGGAGCGUCUGAUCCUGAAAGCCUUCCUGCUCAAAUUCAUGAACGCAUACGCACCCAUCUUUUAUGUGGCUUUCUUCAAGGGAAGGUUUGCAGGUCGACCUGGAAAUUACGUGUAUGUCUUCAACGAUUAUCGGAUGGAAGAGUGUGCUCCAGGGGGAUGCCUCAUUGAGUUGUGCAUCCAGCUCAGCAUCAUCAUGCUCGGGAAACAGCUGAUCCAGAACAACAUCUUUGAAAUCGGCAUCCCUCAGGGUGCGCUCAUCCAGUUUGGUUUUGUCUCUCUGUUCGUGGCAUCCUUCCCGCUCGCUCCGCUCUUCGCCCUGCUCAACAACGUCAUCGAGAUCAGAUUGGACGCCAAGAAGUUUGUUACAGAGCUACGCAGGCCAGUGGCCAUACGUGCCAAGGACAUCGGAAUCUGGUACAACAUACUAAGUGGAAUGGGAAAGUUCUCCGUCAUUAUAAAUGCCUUCGUGAUCUCCUUCACGUCAGACUUCAUCCCUCGGCUCGUCUACCAGUACAUGUACAGUCAGAGUGGCACCAUGCACGGCUUCAUUGACCACACGCUCUCCUACUUCAAUGUGUCCAGUCUCAAACCCGGCACGGCUCCGCAGAACUCUGGAGACAUCACCGUCUGCCGGUACAAAGACUACAGGGAGCCCCCUUGGUCUCCUGACGCGUACCAGUUCUCCAAACACUACUGGUGUGUCCUGGCUGCACGACUGGCUUUUGUCAUAUUGUUCCAAAACCUCGUGAUGUUCCUCAGCCUCGUGGUCGCCUGGGUGAUCCCUGACGUCCCAAAAACCAUCGUGGAGCAGCUAAAGCGGGAGAAGAAGCUCCUGGUGGACGUCUUCUUGAGGGAGGAGAAGGAAAAAUUCCAGCUCAUCCAGAGCCUCUUCGCCAAGGACACCACGCUGCAGCCAGGCAGCCACGUGCUCCACCCAGGACAGGGCCUCUCCAUCCCAGGCCGCUACAGCACUCUACCCCCAGGCCCCACGCAGGCCUCGGCUGGAGACGGAGGAGGGCCGAGGGCGAGGUGUAGGGCCGCCAGCUUCAGCCAGUUCAGCAGGAAGAUUCCGCCGUUGAAUGAAAACGAAAAUUCGAAACACACAGCGGUGUGACACACAUCUGCGGGGGGUAACUCAGGACUGUGUUGCUCGGACGAUUUGGUCUGUACACGUCUUUGACAGUGUGUCUUGUGUCCAGGUGUGUUCGACACUGUAGCGCUGUGAUUAAAGACGUCACAGCCUUAUUCUGAACAUGACAUUUGAUUAAUUGGUCUCAAGUUUGGUUGAAUGUCACACUGGUUGAAUGGGUGUGUAUGUUGUUCCUAUUUGCAGCGACUGUUCACCUGAUAGUGUUAUCAUUUUUACUUUUUGGUAAAAAUAAAUUACAUAGUGAGCAACACUAGCUUCAUAGCGUAGACAAGCAAUAAUUAGUGUAUUAGGCUGAACAAUGUAAUAUUACAGGAACGUGGAAGAGACUGGAGAAAAGACAGAUCUAUGAACUAAUGGACAGAUCCACAGAUUCAACAUAAACUGAUUGAUGGACAUUGUGGCUUACUAUUAGAGCUGGGGACUGUCAGGAGUUGCCUGCUUUUUGUGCUUAUGCUCUUUAUGUCAUUUUGUUUUUAACUGAAUCUGUAGCAGCUCCGACAUUCCACAGUUUCCAUGCUUUCCGAUGCAUCAUACCGAGAGCACACAAGCCUCAUAGAAGAGCUAAUCAUUUUCUCUUUUUCCUUUUUUUUUUUACACCAGUCAUUGUGUUCAAGUUCAUUUUUCUUCAUAAAAUUCAGGAAUCUCUUUGAAUCAUUUUCAGACUCUACUAAGAUUGCUAGUCACGAUACAUCUGCUGCUCAUUGUCUCUCACUUCACUGUACGUACUGAUGGAUGGAUGCACAUGCCAAUGUGGCAUAUUGUUGUAUGCCACUAUUAGAUUCCAGUCCAAGCUACAGUUUUAGAAUUAGAUGAAUUGUGAAGCAUUUUACCUGUUAGCCAUAUGGUCGUUUACAGCUGUCGGUAGAAUUACCUGAUGACUCCAGUUUGUUAAAUCUUUGCAACUGUGAAUAGCUAGAAAUGAUCAAUGUUUUUAUUGUCAUGGAAAAAAAUACUUCAUAAGCAUUCCAUCCUUAUAAAAUACCAGACUUUACACUAACUUUCAUGCAGGUAAGUAAUAAAAUUGGAUUCCUUCUACCCAAACAGAGGAGUUCUCAUAAGAGAAGUUAAGAGUGUGAUGCAAGUUCUGAUUGGAGGUUUGUUGAGAAACACAGACGGUACACAGAUUUUAACAGGACCAUCUGUUUCUGACUGAAUCAGUCUUUCCAGUACUCAGAUACAUCUGAUAGAUUUAAUGUUUAGACAACUUCUGCUUGUUGGCUAACACUUGCGCCCUCAUUUUUUAAGGGCAAAAACACAUGAGGUUAAAAGAAAUGGCAUGUAAGCUACUCUCUACCAACAAUCCCACAAUACAAUGCUGCUCAUUUUAUAGAUUGUGUGACUCCAUAACUGACAGUAAUGAUGUAAAAUAAUAAAGAUAAGUAAGUGUCAAAAAUCUCUAUCACUCAAUAUUAUAGACUGUAGAUAAAGAUAGACGACAUGACAGUCCCCAAAAAGUUAGGCAAAAUCAUCUUGAUUGCCAACUGGUGGCUGGCUGCAGUAUAAGUCAUAAACCCUGCCGCCUCCAUGUUAGUGGAGGAGUCAAAGUGCAUGUUAUUUCAUUUUAAUUUGAUGCUAUAAAAACAUGGUGAAAUGUCUUGAUUGACAGCUGAGAUCGACUCAUGAUUGGCAGUGAGCUUGAUACUGCGAUGUCCAUAUCCAGGAUAUUAUGGCUUCAUUUUAGUGCAACAGGAAAGAGGUGGUGAAGCGUCGUCCAUCUUUAUACACAGUCUAUGCUCACUACUCAAGCCUCUCAGAGUUCAUUACAGAACAAUUAGAAGUUUUCCACUUUCUUAACAAGACAGCGUUGGUGAAAUUAUUUUCAUGUCCCUUGAAAACAUUCAAUGUUUGGGAAGAUCCUUUGUGAUAUGUUUGUGUAUAGAAAUCAGCAAGCUAAACUGACAAGCAUUUUAGUCAGACAUUGGAAGCUAAUUAACCCUGCUAAUGUUAGGACUAAAUCUUAUUACAUGGUACUUUUUGUUCAUGUUAUUUCAGUGCUGAGCCUUUGACACCCCCUGCAGACUCAGUGCUGUUUGUUCCAAAUUAUACAACAUAAGCUGUUUUUUUUUUUUACAUCGAUCCAAUUGUGUUGAGGAGAAAUUACCAGAUAUUGCAACUCCCAAACAAAAAAUUUCCCAAUUAAGAGGGCUCUAAUUGGAAUGACUGGGCGCCAUCUUGGAACACCAUAUCCAGUUCUUGUGACAUCACCGACAUGCGGCCCUCAAUGCUGUUUAUGAGGCCUUUUGUGUAUUUCUGUGUCAGUUAGUACUGAGUGACAACUGUUCACUUUAAAUGUGUUCACAUGGAUGUUAGGA